AUGGCACCAGCUAUUCUUGGUGCAGAUGUGAAUGGUCUAAAUGGCUUUCAUCCUCCAACAUCCAAGGUCAAUCUUGACUCGACCGAAAGAAUCCCAAAGGGCCACCAUCCCUCAAUUUCCACGACAAUCCCGUUCAGAGAUAUCACUACCAAUGAUCACCCAGCGGCCUUUGAACCCGACACAUGUAAUGGGAACCGUCAUCAUCUCUCGGCACCCGCAAACGGUCUUUCAAAAGAACCCACACGCGAUCAUGAACAAGCAGACUCUGGUAUCUCAGACUGUUACCGCCCUGCGGCAUCUGCUACAAGCACUUCUAUUAAUCCCACAGACGACGCCCAUCAAACGGAUUCUGACAUCGCAAACGGUAACAUCUUUGAGAAGACGCAGAACAGAAAAGUGGAUAUCGGCCCUCAUGCCAGCAUCGUUGUGCGAGAGUGGAAGCUCUUGCGGAACUCAGUCACUAAUGUGACGCCCACGUAUGUUGAUACCGACUAUCUUGGGGUUGCCAAAAUCACUGCAGUCUCAAAGCAUGGCAUGAAUGUAAAGAUUAAAGACAAGGCUGCCGCUACAAAGCGUGUCAACGAGAGCGUAGAAUUCCUGGCUCAACGCCUUGCGGAUGGUCGUUCUCUCUAUGGCAUCACAACCGGCUUUGGCGGCAGUGCUGACCUUCGAACACUCAAGGUCAUGGACUUACAGCGGGCAUUAAUCCAACAUCAACACAGCGGUAUUCUCCCAAUCGAUAAAAAGGCCGGAUCGAUCCACCUCUCGUUGGGCAAAGCGCCGGGCGUCAAUUUCAUGCCCGAAGAAUGGGUUCGAGGUACCAUGCUCGUUCGCUGCAAGUCACUCCUCGCUGCCCAUUCAGCAGUGCGCUUCGAGAUCAUUGAACUGAUUAUAUCAUUGCUCAAUAACGACAUGAUACCUUUGGUUCCUUUGCGUGGCUCUAUUUCUGCAUCCGGGGAUCUUCAGCCGCUGUCUUAUAUCGCCGGAGUACUGGAAGGUAAUCCAGAUUGCUAUGUCUGGACAAAUGACGGUAAUUUAGGCCGGAUUAUUAUCCCAGCAGACGUGGCACUCGAACAUCUAGUGCAGAAAUCCAUCACUUUUGGACCGAAGGAAGCUCUUGCAGUCUUGAACGGAACCGCUGUAUCCACCGCAGUGGCAGCACUGGCGAUGCAGGAGUCACAUACUCUAGCCAUCUUCUCUCAAGUGCUGACAGCCAUGGGAGUCGAAGCCCUGCAUGGGUCAACUGGCAGCUUCAACGCUUUCUUCGACAGAGUCCGCCCUCACCGCGGUCAACGAGAAGCCGCUGCGAAUAUCCGCCUGUUCCUCACCGGUUCUCAGCUUGCUCACCCUGAGCAGGAAGAUGAAGAAAACCGCAUAGGUCUUAAGCAAGAUCGCUACGCUCUUCGCACAUCACCUCAAUGGAUCGGCCCUCAGCUCGAAGACCUCGCUUUAGCGCACGAGCAAAUCACGGUCGAAUGCAAUUCGACAACCGACAAUCCUCUCAUCGACAUCGAGGGUGGCGCCAUUCAUCACGGAGGAAACUUCCAGGCAGCCUCUAUCACUUCGGCUAUGGAGAAAACCCGCUCUUGCCUGCAAAUGUUCGGCCGGAUGCUUUUUUCUCAGUGCACUGAGCUCAUCAAUCCGGCUAUGAACAACGGACUGCCACCCAACCUUGCGGCUGAUGACCCGAGCACGAGUUACACAAUGAAAGGUGCAGAUAUCAACGUUGCAGCCUAUAUGUCUGAACUAGCAUACCUGGCAAACCCCGUAAGCAACCACGUGCAGACUGCAGAAAAUGGCAACCAGGCGAUCAACUCGCUGGCACUGGUCUCGGCGCGAUACACCCACAUGGCCAUCGAUUGCUUGUCGAUGAUAUGUGCAACGUAUUUGUACAUCUUGUGUCAAGCCUUGGACAUUAGGGCUAUGGAUCGUGGCUACCUCAGUGCCAUCGGUCCUGCUGUCAACGAAAUCACUGCGCACAUCUUCGAAACUGCGCUUAGCGAUGCCACCAAUGCGACUGCUUUGAAUCAGCUGCAAUCGAAAUUGCUGGAGCAAGUUGUGAGGCAGUAUAGUCUCACGACCUCUCUAGACACUAGUGACCGCUUCAGCGCAAUCGCCGAGGCCGUGCAGUCCACUCUGACAACAGCCCUUUACACCGACGGCAGCCUGCCAAAGCAAUUCGAUGCUCUAUCAGCCAUCAAGCGGUGGACGGAUCAGACGUCGACGACUCUCCACAAUCUCUUCCUCCAGCAUCGACAAGCCUACUUUACCGCUCCGGACGCCACCCCGUACCUCGGAGCCGCAUCAUCACGCAUGUACAGUUACGUCCGCAAAGAUUUGCAAGUGCCCUUCCACAAAGGCUUGGCGGAUCACCCAACCAAGGAUAACAAGCUGAAGACGCUUGGCUCGAACAUCAGCAUCAUCCAUGAGGCUAUGAGGAGUGGACGACUGUACGAUCCUGUUCUAUUGUGUCUGGGAGCGCAUCCGUGA